AUGGCUGGGGAACCUACGCGAUGGGUCGUUGUGGAUGAUACGGACGGAGGUAUAGAUUACGUUGGGCCCAGUUGGCGCGCAGAUGUCGGGAGUUUUGAUUCGGCGGGCAACUUUGGUCUCCCUUAUCGAAGAACUUUGCACGGAACGAAUGUGGAUGCGAGCUUUUCAUACUUAUUCAACGGCACAGGCGUGAAACUCGUAGGCUUCAACAAUCCACGCAACAACUCGGGAGUCCUUGACCCUACUUGGGAAUGCCUUGUUGACGGCGUCAACAUCAGGGUAGGGAGAUCGUUUCAAUAUCCAGAACACAACUGGUUAUUUUGCGAUUCCCCACAAUUUGCCGAUGGCUUGCACAACCUGACCGUAAAAGUCUCCGUCAAAGCAGGGCAAACCUUUUGGUUCGAUAAAAUCAUGUAUUCCCCAUCACCUACUUUAUCUCUAUACCAGAAGGACAUCAUCGUCGACAACGGAGAUUCUGGGUUCGAGUAUGGGGAUGGAUGGCAGUCUUUCUCUGCAAUAAGCAACAUGACCAGUAUAACGAACUCGGUCAUGAGUUUCAACUUCACAGGCUCUUCAUUUUCCUGGUAUGGCUUUAUACCGGGAGAUUACCCAACCGCAUCAUCAUCAGGGACAUACAGUGUGGACGGCGAAGAGCCUGUCCAAUUCACGUUGAACGGACUCUCCCCCGGCUCAACCACUACACUAUAUAAUCAGAAGUUUUUUGAGACGCAACAAUACCCUGUCGGCAACCACAUGGUUGUCGUACAAUAUUUAGGUGGGCCGAAAGUGACCCCUCUUGUUCUUGAUUAUCUUGUUAUAAACAACGGCACCGAUUCUCCAUCCUCAUCACCUACGUCACCAAUUUCGCCGUCUUCAAAUUCAUCGGGUACAACAUCCACUCCGUCCAACACUCAAGCAGGCCCACUACAUCCAAACAGUACCACGAAAACUAAAAACAGUGCCAUCGUAGGAGGCGUGAUUGGAGGAACGGUGCUUGUUCUUUUUGCAAUAGUAGGAGCUCUCUGGAUACGGAAACGGGGCAGGAAUCUGCUUUUCAAGAAGUCCUUUGAGGACUUGCCAAAGGAAUACAUUAUCAACCCAUUUCAGUACAAUCCAGAUGCAGCAACAACCAUUGUACAACCUCGAAGACCACCGCCUCCACCUGUGGAAAGGACUCGUCAGAAAACGCAACGUUUUUCUGGGCCAGAUGAGGACCCAUUCUCACCUCCAGGGCAUGCGGGUCCAUCGCCAAAUGAUUCAAGGCCUAUGAUGUAUCAGAUUACUAUUGAUCGUAAACGACGGCUUGCCAGGCAAUCGGAAGACAGGAUUGUGGCUCAGAGACAGUCCAAUUCCGCAACCAGCCCGUCGCAUACCAUCAACGCCAGGCAAUCAAGAAUAGAACCCCUCAGGCAAUCAAGCUCCAGUUUUAUACCCAGUCCGUCCCACAGCGUCAGUGUCCGAAGCUUGAACUCUUCGGGCUCUGCGCCUCUUAUAGUGCAUGAAGACAGUGGUAUUCGAAUGUCUGUACCUGAAAUUGUCAGAGCAGUAGAGAUACCUCCGAUAUACACCGUUGGAUGA